GUCUUCAUUCAUGACGCAUGUGAGACGAGAAUAUUUUUCGAUCCUUCCACUGAAACAAGACUGAAACCGCUCUGAAACCAUAGAAAAAGAAGCAUUUACAGAAAUUGUUCUAUGCCAUUGUAUUUAUAAUUAAACGUAUUGACGGAUUAGCACUUAGCAGGAUUAAAAAUGGCCAGGGAUAUCACCACGGAGCCAUGGAAGGUGGAGCUAAAGGCGUGGGCGCCGUUGUUCCGCAACCCCUUCACCGACAUCUUCGGCUGCGUGAUGACGCACGCGUCCGGCAACAAGUGCCACGAGUUCGAGGGCCGCUUCGGCGACUGCAUGGAGGCCUACGGACCGCACCGUGGUGUCAAGGAUUGCCGCAACUACUUCAAUGACCUCAUGGAGUGCCAGCUGAUGACCAAACAGUUUGCACGCGUGGACGCGAUGCAGAAGGAAAGGGCCCGGCAGUACAAGGCAGGGGAGCUCAAGGAGAGAUACGCCAAGCCACCCAACAUUGAUGCAUACUAAAUGUGAGCCUUUCACGAGAUCAUUGCUCGUUGGAAUCUGAAUACUGUGUAGUGUGAACUUUGGAUAUUGUGAAUAUACUGUGAAUAGGGAGAA